AAGGCUCUGUGUUCAAAGGGUGCCAUAAAUUGCUGCUUUAUUUAACGUAUUUUCGCAGAACAAGACAGUGACAGGGGCCGUGGUGGCUGUCUGCGUGUGCUGGUGCAAGCUUGGUGCCUGCCGGGAGGUGCCAAGUGCAGUGCCACCAAGGCUAAUAUUGAUAAGAAACCGGCCCACCACUUGUCCAGCCAGCUAAUUUGCACAGUGUGAUGUAACAGGCGGUAACUGUGAUAGUGUUGUUACCUGUCACCAACAACAACAACAACACAGGGCUGUCAGAUACAAAUGCAGUUGGACAAGAGAGAAAAGCAGGAAGACCACCACCACCACCACCAGCACAGCGCGGAAAGUUGAAAAAGCAAUGGCAACCCUCCGAUCCGGCAAGCAAGUUGACGGCAGCGAUGGCGGCGGCAGUGGUGGUGAGGUGGACGGCAGGGACAGAGGGGCAGUACAGGAUGCGGACAUCAAGGAGAAGAGGAACGCACGGACAAGCAAGGUGGUAUUCGGCAGUCUGAUCCUGGACCUGCUCGGCUUCACGGUGGUGCUGCCUCUGUUUCCUGCUCUCCUCGACUAUUACUCCAAGCAUGACUCCAGCGGCUUGUAUUCCUCUCUGCUGUCCUCUGUCACUUAUUACCAGCACAUCAUUGGCGUUCCUGCAAGGUUCCACUCUGUCUUGUUUGGUGGUCUCCUUGGGUCAUUGUUCUCCCUGCUUCAGUUCCUGUUCUCUCCCAUCACUGGCGCUCUGUCGGAUGUCUAUGGCAGGAAACCAGUCUUCAUUUGCACCCUGAUCGGCGUGGCUGCCUCGUACGGACUCUGGGCGGCUGCGAGUAAUUUUGCUAUGUUUGUCAUGGCUCGCAUCGUUGGCGGAGCUGUGAAGGGGAACGUGUCCCUGGCGUACUCCAUCAUGACGGACGUGUCAGAUGAGAAGACAAGGGCGAGGGGCAUGGCACUGAUCGGCGUGGCAUUCAGCAUAGGCUUCACCAUUGGGCCAACUGUGGGGGCCGCGUUCUCCCGCUGGGGAAGUACUGGGUGGUUCGCGGCCUCGGCUGUCUACGCACUCACUCUCGCUGUGGCUAACAUAAUAUUCUUUGCUGUCUUCUUCCAGGAAUCGCUGCCUGAGGGCAGAAGGAGGAGGGACAUCGGUGCCAGUUUGAACGAGGCUUGGGAGCUGAUCAACCCUAGGGCUCUGUUUUCCUUCAGCUCUGUCAAGGGCCUGGGCAGAGAAGAACGUACGAAAUUAAUACAACUUAGCCGAGUUUACUUCCUCUACCUGUUCCUGUAUUCCGGCCUGGAGUUUACGCUGACCUUCGUGACCCACCACAAGCAUAGUUACGACUCGUUGGCACAGGGCCGCAUGUUUUCCUUCCUGGGCCUGGUCAUGGCACUCACACAGGGAGGGUUUAUGCGAAGUGUUAAGACCGGAACUGAAAAGGCAACUGCUAAUAAGGGCCUAAUGAUGAUGAUUCCUGCUUUCAUCCUCAUCGGGGCUAGCGAGACCAACCUGGGGCUGUACUCUGGACUGACGCUGUAUGCCAUAGGUUCCUCUAUGAUGGUGCCCUGCCUCACUGCCCUCGCCUCCUGCCACGGCGCGGCCUCUCACAAGGGCACCCUGCUUGGCAUUUGGAGGUCAUUAGGAGCUCUUGCAAGGGCGUUCGGACCUGUUGUGACAUCAAUAGGAUUCUGGGUAAUGGGGGCAGAAGUGUGCUAUAUUGUGGGCGGCCUGUCCAUGCUGCUGCCGCUAGUGAUGCUGCAGGCCUACUGAGCUCCCUGCCACGCCCUCAGCCUGUGCAUAUUAGCCAGGUUAAGGUGAUAGGAUAUUUGACUGACGUUGGGCUAUUUUCUGUGGUGUUUUGGGCUAGUUUGGGCUGUUUUUUGUCAUGUGUCCCUUUUUUUGGGCUAUUUUUAUCUAUUUUUGCUGUUCUUUUGUUUUCAUUAGUUUAUUUUUGGAAUUGAUGUUUAUUAUUAUUUUUAUUUUAUGUUCUUAUCUCUUUCGCUCCUGAAAUUAAGUUGUGGUAUUGUCAUUACCUAAUUAAUGGUUUAGGAGCGUUCAGUUCCAGUCUGUCACUCAGCACAAAAAUGUAUUACUCAUUAAAACUAUUAGUAAUUAAAACCUCGUUCCUAGACUAAUAUUAACAGGCUGUAGUGGAAAUUAUUGGGGUUUUUAAGGGUGUGUUCAUGGUUCCAGUGACAAUUUAAGAGGCUGUAGUGGAAGUUAUUGUGGUUUUCAAGGGUGUUUUUAUGGUUCUAAAAUUUAACAGGCUGUAGUGGAAGUUAUUAGGGUUUUCAAGGGUGUUUUCAUGAUUCCAGUGAUAGUUUAAGAGGUUUAACAGGCCGUAGUGGAAGUUACUAGGGUUUUUCAAGGGUGUUUUCAUGAUUCCAUUGAGUUUAAAAGGCUGUAGUGAAAGUUACUGAGUUUUCAAGGGUGUUUUGACGAUUACAAAGUUUGCAUUAUAAGUUAUUGGGGUUUUCAAGGGUGUUUUCGUGACUCCAGUGAUAGUUU